GCUACGUACGGGGCGAAAUAAGUUCAACAUACAUAUAUACAUUAAUUUUUGGCGAGUGGGAAUAAACUGAGUACCCGGAGAAAGCCAGCACAUUCGGGUAGAAGACGCUGAAAACUCCGCAAAGCUGUAUUCAAUGAUCAAUUUGCUGUACUGCCACGCCCUGGUAACCUCGCGGCCCAGUGGGUUUGUGAGCCUUAUAAGUCUGCGAUCCACUAACCACUCACCUCCAAAGUGCUGGAUUACAUACGUACACCUCCACCCCCAGCUGGUGAUGAGCUGUCAUAUGAGAAAUGUGCUUUGUUGCCUGCAGGCUCCUCGGGAUAUUGAAACGGAGCGUGUUCAAGAGGUCACCUUCCCCUGCCAUUGGGAGCCGUCGGCAAGAAAUUGCCGAGCAACAGGCCGUCCGGUUCACCUGUGACGUCCGUGCCCUAGUUGAGCGCGUGCCCUCGAACGGUCAGAGGGGAAGUCCAGCCCUGCCUCGCUCGGACAGGCUGAAUAAUGACCGUGACACCUGCUUCUCUUCAAAAGACAUUAUGAAGAUGUACGGAGGGCGCAUUAACAAACGCGAGCGUAAGGAGCUGAGCGCUUGCAAGGAGAUCUGGUAUUACAGCGUGACGCCACGGAGGACGGGACGUGGCAACGUCAACUGUUAUGGAGCCGACGGCCACUACAUUCCGGUUUGGCACGAACACCUCCUCUACCGCUACGAGGUGCUGGAGGUGCUGGGCCAGGGCAGCUUCGGGAAGGUGCUCAAGUGCCUGGACCACAAGAGCAAGGAGUUCGUCGCCAUCAAGGUGCUCAAUCGAGCCCGGUUCAACGAGAGCGUUCAUCGGCGCGAGAUUGAGAUUCUCAAGAGGCUGCAGACGGCGAGAGAGAGCAGCAAAAUCAUCCGCAUGAUGGAGCACUUCUCAUUUCGCGGCCGCGAGUGCGUGGUCUUCGAGCUGUUGAAUGGAAAUCUGCGGUCGCAGCUGAAGCUGACUCAUCGCCAGGGCUUCGGUCUCGAGAUGGUGCGCCUCUUCGCCAUCUCACUGCUCAAGAGCCUCGAGCAGCUCCGUGACGCGAACGUGAUCCACGGUGACCUCAAGCCGGCGAGUGGCGACGCGACUGGCUGUUAAGCACCGACCCGCUCGCUGAGCUCCCAACGGGCCCGUUGAUAUAUCUCACAGGAAUAUAUUCCGAGGCCUCCCAACCCUCCCAACGCCACCGAGAUGACAGCGCCGGUUGGGCCCGGAGUAUAUAUAUAUUUUCGUGGGCCUCAGCAAACCAGAUACAUUUUGUGGGCUGAAAAUAAUUGCGCCGCCGUUCGUUAAAGUGGAUUGCCUCGAUAUUUGUUUCCGGUCCGGAUACAUUUUUUUUAAUUCCUGGCUCUUCCGCGAGAGAGCGAGACCGCCCGACAUUGUUUUAUUUUUGUUGACUUUGUCCCCCCACGGUGCAGGGAGAGCGAUGCUCAAAACAAGUGGGGUGCCACGGUGGCUAGGAGAUGUUAACUACCUCGCCUGGCUUACAGGAGGUCGUGGGUUCGAUCCCUGACCCUGAUGCCUGUAUAUUUUGAGUUUGCGUGUCUCUCUCUCUCUCCCUGUGAUCAAGUAGAUUUUCCUCCCGGUCCUCCACUUUUAACGGCACUAUCAGCUCGGGGGGUAGGUGGUGGGUGGGGGGAAGAGUUAGGUGGAGCCCCAGUAAUUGAUUUGUCUCACAGGGUCGCACCUAUGGGCCAUUGUAUGUCGCCGCUCCUGUCGCCGAAUCACAUCGUGACGCUCGCGGUCUCGAACAUUUCACGCCGUCGGGAUGCUCCGUCUGCCUCCAAAUGCGGCCGCGACAGCUCCCUAGGAACUCUUUCCAAUGAUUACACGGCUGCUCUAGUGAAAUUAAAAUAAAACUU